AUGAUGAAGAAGGAAGUACCAGGGGAUACCAAUAGCUGGGCACGUGUUUGUGACUCAUGCCGUUCAGCACCGUGCACGGUGUACUGCAGAGCAGACUCUGCCUACUUGUGCACCAGCUGCGACGCGCGAAUCCACGCUGCCAAUCAGGUGGCAUCAAGGCAUGAGCGGGUUUGGGUGUGUGAAGCGUGUGAACGCGCACCAGCAGCCUUCUUGUGCAAGGCUGAUGCAGCAUCACUCUGUGCUACCUGUGAUGCUGACAUUCACUCAGCUAAUCCACUGGCCCGCCGCCACCACCGGGUUCCAAUCAUGCCCGUGGGUUGUGUUUAUGGUCCCUCAGACGGAUUCCUGGAACUGCCAGACGGAGAUGAUCAGACCACUGAUCAUGAAGGGGAUGAGGAUGAAGCUGCUUCAUGGUUGCUACUUAACCCAGGUAAGAACAGCAACAACCUAAAUACAAAUGGGUUUUUAACUGGAGGAGGAGAGGUUGAUGAGUACCUGGACCUAUUUGAGUAUAAUUCAGGUGCAGAUAAUCAGUUCUGUGAGCCGUCGUAUAACCAGCAGCAGGAAUUCAGUGUCCCUGAGAAGAACUGUGGAGAUGACAGUGUCGUACCAGUACAGUGUAGGGAACCAAAAGAUCACCAAAUACAGUACCAGAACUUUUUGUUCGGAAUGGAAUGUGAGACCAAACCUGAGUACAAUUACAACACAUCAAUUAGUCACAGUGUUUCAGUUUCCUCCCUGGAUGUAGGUGUCGUACCAGAAUCCACCAUGAGUGAUAUGUCUGUGUCACAUCCAAGGACCCCCAAAGGAACAAUAGACCUGUUUUCAAGUCCUCCAACGCAAGUGCCAACCCAACUAUCACCAAUGGACAGAGAGGCUAGGGUCAUGAGAUACAGGGAAAAGAAGAAGAAUAGAAAAUUUGAGAAAACCAUCCGUUAUGCUUCAAGAAAGGCCUAUGCAGAGACUAGGCCUCGGAUCAAAGGCCGGUUUGCAAAGAGAACAGAUGUGGAAGCAGAGAUGGAUCAGAUGUUCACCAACUCAUUGAUGGCAGAUGGUGGAUAUGGCAUUGUGCCAUCUUUUUGAAUCUAGGUGAUUAUUCAAAUGGAGUUGAGUGUGCGGUACCAUUAAAUCUUCAUAUUUUCUAUCAGUCUUAACCUAUAUGUUCUUAGUUACUGAUGGAUAAGUUAUCUUGUUAUUCUUAUGUCUUUUUGUGUAAAUUGUACAAAACAAGUAUAUAUGACAUGGUUUGUUAGUUAAA